ACAGCAUCAGUUCAGCUUCACUUCCACAAGCAACAAGCUAAUUAACUAACUAAACAAAAUGAAAUUCCUAUCAAUUGCCUUUCUGCUCGGUCUGCUGGCUCUGGCUAGUGCCACGCCCCUUAACCCUGGCAAUGUGAUCAUCAAUGGUGAUUGCCGAGUCUGCAAUGUGCGAGGUGGCAAAUGAGAAGACACUCGAAACGGUUCAAACUUUAACUAUAAUAUCGUCUAUAUGGAUUACAGU